UUCACACGACAAGAAAAUGUUUUGGUCUGGACGACAGAAAAUUUAAAUUUAUUCCGGUAUUUUAGUGGAGACGGUCAUGGCUGGGGAAAUUCGCGAAGCACUUCUGUAUGAUUUUAAUUAUAACUUGUUUGUUGCUAAUACGAUGCUGCCGAAUGUCAGAAAUGUCGAGGAAAGACAAAAUGCUGUUAAAUGGUUGAGAUUCUUGAAGGCUAAUGCGAAGACACUUCCAGAGUUGAGGCUGCGGAAUGAAUUCAUGAGUCACCUGGUUAAAGGUGUUCAAGCUGGUGUGCUGGCUGCACCUUUUGAUAAUCCUCCAUCGAAUGUACCCCUCAUGUCGAUGAUUUCACUGCUGCCCCCAGAGGACUUUGACAACGACGACGAUCCGACAGCUUGUCGAGGCUCUCGAAGAAGAUCUACGCUAAUGCAAAAGUCUCCAGACGCUGGUGAUUUCCUCGCUGCGCAGCCCAUUCCUGAUGUUGGGGCCUUUUGUUACAUUGCAGUUCUCACCAAAAAGAAUAGCUAAGUUUGAGUGACAUUUGUUUUUCAAUAAAGUGAUGGAAAGAUAACAGAAUGGCGCACUGUAGUUGAG